AUGCGAGCCCUGGCAUUUCUUUUAAGUUUCUGUUUUCCACUUUCCGCUGCUUUUUAUUUCCACGCCGGGGAACGAGAGGAGAAGUGCAUCAUAGAAGACAUUCCCAGCGACACGCUGAUCACAGGCUCCUUCAAGCUGCAGCAAUGGGACGUGGUCCGACAGGACUUCCUCGAAUCGGCGCCUGGCCUGGGGCUCUUCGUGACUGUCACAACGUACAGCGAGGAGGUACUAUUGUCCAAGUUAUAUGGCCCACAAGGAACAUUCUAUUUUACUUCACAUUCACCUGGCGAACACAUCAUUUGCUUAGAAUCUAAUUCCACGAGGCUCGUGUCGUUUGGAGGGAGUAAGCUGCGGAUCCAUUUAGACAUCCGCGUUGGAGAACAUGACCUCGAUGCCGCCAUUGCUCAAGCCAAGGACAAAGUUAAUGAAGUUAGCUUCAAGCUUGAACAUCUAAUUGAGCAAAUUGAGCAAAUAGUCAAAGAACAAAACUAUCAAAGGGACCGUGAAGAAAAUUUUCGAAUGACCAGUGAAGACACAAAUAGCAAUGUUUUAUGGUGGGCUUUUGCACAAACAUUAAUCUUUAUCUCAGUUGGAAUUUUUCAAAUGAAGUACCUUAAAGACUUCUUUAUAGCUAAGAAGCUUGUUUAA